AUGAGGCUGACGGCCCUCCUCCCCCCAAUCGCCAUCCUCUCAACCCUUCUCACCUCUACCACAGCUCAAGCCAACGGCCAGCCCUCCUGGGAGUUCCUCUACACAGUAAAUGCCACCCUCGGCUCACGCUGGCAGAUCGGCCCACAAGGUCGGGGCUCGCGCGUAGUGAUCCCCAUCACGGGCGGCACCUUCUCUGGUCCACGUCUACGCGGAACAGUGUCCAACCUUGGUGCCGAUUGGGGCGUCACCGAUGACAACAAAGUCUUCUUUCCGGAUACUAGGUACAAUCUCAGGACCGAUGAUGGUGUGGACAUUUACAUUCAGACAUAUGGUCCAACUCAGCCUGAUGGAAGGACUUUGUUGAGGGGGACGUUUGAGGUGGAUAUGGGGACGAAGUAUGCUUGGUUGAAUUAUGUGUUGGCGGUGGGGGUGUUGCAGAGAUCGCUGGACUUUGGGAACUAUGUUGUGAUUGAUAUGUGGCACAUGCUACUCCCCGGUAUCGCCACUGGCGAAGAUCAGCAGUGGGACUUCACUAAGAUCGGAGAUGAUUGA